UCACAACACUCUACUAAAAAUUUCCGCCCAUAUGUGCUUGAACUGCAUGCUUUUGACUCUAAUUCUUCUUCAGCUUAUUCUCAUGAUGCAAGAAAUGAUGUAACUAUUACUAUUAGAAUAUACAAUAAAGGAAUCGGCAUAAAUAGGCACGCUGAUAAUGAUUUUUUGACAUCAAAUUGA